UCAGCAGGAAUAAGUGCACGUCCCACCUGCCAGUAGUGGUAUAAGCACAGGGUGUUUGACCCAAGUGGCAUUCCCUGAUCCCAAGGGCAUAGGGACAGGAGUCAUUCCUGUUGGGUUUGUUAGUGCUUGAACACCAAGACCUUCAUCAGGUAGGAGCUUUGGUGUCUCCCCUCAGCAGCCCUGUGAAGACUCGGGACAGGCGUCAGCCAUGAAGAUCCUGUACCUGCUCUUUCCACUCUUGCUCCUGUUGGUCCAGGGUGCUGCAGCACUGGGAAAAGAAGAGAAAUGCCUACGAAAAAAGGGAGCCUGCUUUAUUGGGGGCUGCCGUUUCCCCUAUAAAUAUGUGGGAAGUUGUUCAGCAUUCAGUCACUGCUGCAAAUUGAUGUGGGGCUGAGCCCCUGAACCCCAUGAGCAGGACGUCCCCCUCGCUUCUGGCUCCUGGCUCCUGAUGUCAUCUCCUCUCCUCACCUCUGCCGCCCCCCGGGGCUGUGACAGCAGCAGUGGAAGCACUGCUCCUGCUGGGUGCCCGUGUGCUGGGGACAUCCCAACACGGAGCCGGUGCUGCUGGGGCAGAGGCUGCUUUUCCCGGCUUGAAUAAAGACGAGCAGUUUGGCAUUGCA